AUCAUGGCGGCCGCUGCGGUCCGGUUGAGCAUGGGUCUGACUUUGAGACUUUCUCGAGUUAUACCGGACUGUAGUACAUGUCCCCUGUACAGGCUGAAGGGCUGUGGGAGCAGCGUGGGUAGCUCACAGAGGAGUGGCUCCUUUGACAGCUUCCGGACCAUAAAUCGACACUUGCAGACGAGUAAAGGUCUUUACCACAGUGAGGAGGGGAGCUCCAAUGCAGAGGACCCGGAGGAUGUGGUGAAUGUGGUGUAUAUAGAUCGGUCUGGCCAGAGGAUCCCAGUGAAGGCCAAAGUGGGAGAUAAUGUCCUGUAUCUGGCUCACAAGCAUGGAAUUGAACUGGAAGGAGCCUGUGAGGCAUCACUGGCCUGCUCCACAUGUCAGGUAUAUGUGAGUGAUGCCCAUUUCAACAAACUGCCAGAACCAGUGGAGAGGGAGGACGACAUGUUGGACAUGGCACCCAUGCUUCAGGAGAACUCCCGGCUGGGAUGCCAGAUUAUUCUCACUCCAGAACUUGAGGGCAUGGAGCUCACCUUGCCCAAAGUCACCAGGAACUUCUACGUGGAUGGCCAUGUGCCCAAACCUCACUGAGAAAAGGAGGAGAUGAUGAAAGCUGGAGAAGAAUGAGAGGGCGGCGCUGCAAGCUGGACACCAUGUGUGCUGGUUGAGUAAGGGGGCGACCAUGAAAAGAUGCACGGCUAGGAGAGUAAAGUCAGUGGCAACUCCCAAGGCUUCUUGGCGGCUGACAAAUUCCACAGUUAACCAAUGACAGGACAGGCCUGCAGGUGACAUCAGGCAGAGUCAGACACUAUACGAGUCUCACUGAAGGUGAAAUUAAUGGUUACUUCCAAAAAAAACUGAUGGGUUAACCAAUGAUGUAUUUAUUUAUGUGGAGUAUUUCUAGGCCAGCGUCAAGAUGCCAUUCAAUCUCACAAACUGUUCUUUGUUAGAAAAACAAGAAAAUUUCAGAGCCAUUUUAUGUUUGUUAUACAUUGCAGAGCAAGUUUUAACAAAGUUCAUCUUUGUGCUGUUUAAUGGAACAUUCCUUGUUACAGCUCAUGUACGCACAAGUAUCACAAGAUGAUGUUCUCAGUCAUUUCUGAAGGUCCACCAUUGUCACUCUGAAUCACUAGUCAGAUAUUGUAUGCAUAGUAUUUACUUCAUUUUAUGUACCAAGUUCAUUUGUAGGUGUUGUAAUCACUAAACAAUUAGCACCCGUUGACUAUAGUUAGCACCUAGUCAUAAACCUCAAAUGAUUUCUUCUGCAUGGUACUGAAGCCAGGCACAGAAGAAGCAGCAGCCAUAUAUCAUGAAGUGUAUUUGAAAGACAGAAGGUGCCUGAAGCUUAAAGGGGUGGGCUGUCAAAGUAAAUCAGUAUUUGCACUGUUGAAAUUUACAUUUUAUCCACUAUAAAGGCUGCAAUACAUUUAAAGGUGAAUUGUGUUAAGUGUCAGAUGGAAAAUACAUUUUAAAGCACCUCCUCACAGGUGCCAGUGAUUAAGGCUUGAUUAGUUGACCUGGUUCAGGUGUUCAUUGAUCCAGAGCAGAAGGAAGGUCUGUUUGAAGCUGGUGGGCUUCAUGUUACCAUGGGAUGAGUUUACCACACCUACCCUUUACUUAAGUCUACUGUACUUGUCGUUACGCACAAAUGUAAGUCUGUUCGGUAUAUCAUGUCUUGAAAUUACAAAUAUUUAAAGUGUGCAAUAAAAUGUUUUAAGAA